CUCUGGCAAGUUUUUAACAACGGCGCUCAAGCGCUCUCCGAUUUGUGAACGAAUCAUUCGUUUGAGUCGGAUCUUUUUAAUCGGUUGAACUGGUUCACUGUAUUUCGAAAACGAGUCGAGAACGGCAUAUCUACAGAUGAGGAUCGCAUUGCCUCUGCUAAAAAUGUGGAAUCUACAAACUAUUCUGGCGAUUUUUGGGAGUUUGUGUUUGACCUCUAUAAGUGCAUACAAAAAUGGAAAGGUGGAGAAAUCUUGUGAAAGCAUGAUGCCAGAACAUCACAGCCAACCCAACACUACUGGCAGCCCAUACACACUGACGGUGGAUGCCAGAAAAUUCAGCCCAGGGGACAAUAUCAGAGUCACUCUCUCCGGAAGCGAGCACUUUGAGGGCUUUCUAAUUCAGGCUCGAGAUGCUACAAACCCUGAUGGACCAGCUAUUGGCUCAUUCACAUUGGUAGAUCCUGUGAUUUCUCAGCGUUUGACAUGCAACCGCAUAGAGGGUUCUGCAGUUAGUCACACCAGUAAUGCCAAAAAGACCGAAAUUCAGGUGAUUUGGAAAGCCCCGUCCAAUGCUCCUCCCACUGUACAGUUUCUUGCCACAGUUCUUGCCCACUACAAGAUUUUCUGGCUCAAGCUUCCUGGUCCUGUCAUAUCUCAGGGUGACGUGACUCCCGCUCCAUCUCAAUCAACCACCGUCAUGUCUACAAACUCUGCAAGCACCUCUAUACUUCCUCAGCCAUUCACCUCAGAGGGAUGUGGCGUGUCGAAGUCUUGUCUCAUUGACCCCGUCAGCUGUAACCCUUCUGUGGACACAAACUGCUUCUUCCUUUCUUAUUCUACUAUGGAUCAGACAGUUUCGUUUGAGCUCAGUGGCCCUGCACAGGGAUAUGUCUCCUUUGCUCUGUCCAAGGAUAAAUGGAUGGGAGAUGAUGAUACGUACUUAUGCAUAAAUGACGAGGGUCGUGUGAGUGUGGAGGCUGCACACACAACAGGCCGGACAUAUCCAGAGCUAUCAUCCAAGUCUGUGCUGACUGAUGUAGGCUGGAGAGUUUCUGAUGGGGUCAUUCAGUGCAAGUUCUCUAGGUCCAUCUACACUCCUCAGGAUCCGGUCCGUUUCAGCCUUAACAACAGUUACUACCUGUUUGUAGCACACGGGACUGCCGAAUAUGGUAUGAUCCACAGACACACGCGGCAGCCACUGAUAUCAUCCCAUAAUCAGAUCAUUACCGGCCCUUCUGAGAUACUGACAGGAUCUCGAUCGCCACUUCUCAUGAAAUAUCAUGGAGCUCUAAUGCUGAUUGCCUGGAUGCUAGCAGGAAGCACUGGGAAAUUAAUGGCUGCCUAUUUUAAACCUGACUGGCCAGAACAAACAUUGUUUGGGCAAAAAAUAUGGUUUCAGGUGCAUCGCAUGUUGAUGUCUCUCACAGUUUUGCUGACAGCUGUGGGCUUCGUGUUUCCUUUUGUCUACAGAGGAAAGUGGAGCACAAGAGCUGGUGCUCAUCCAUACCUCGGCUGCACUGUUGUGAUUCUCACUUUCUGUCAGCCUUUAAUGGCUGCAUUCAGACCAGCUCCAAAUACCUCACGGCGAUGGAUUUUCAACUGGUUGCACUGGGGUGUUGGAAAUGCUGCUGAAAUCAUAGCCGUGGUUUCCAUGUUUUAUGGAAUAAGGCAAGAGUCUCUUUUGCUGCCUUAUCCUUGGACCACAGGGGUUCUCUCUGCUUUUGUAGUUUGGACCAUUGUGUUAAAGCUGGUGUUAAAACUUCAUAAGCAUGAUAUUAUUAGAAAAGCAGGGAGUGGAAAGGAAGAUGAACUUCCAGUUCUCUCAGACAUUUCAGAGGAUGUUACCUGGGAUACUAAGUUUAGAGUGGCUGUCCUUGCUGUUUUUGUGCUUGGAAACUCAGCGUUCUGUAUCUCACUGCUCGCCUCCAUAGGGGAGUUAUAACCAACAUAUGAAUCAUAUGGCACUACAGAAAUUGGAAUGAAGACCUAAUUAUUGAUAGAGCAAGACAAAUCAUUAUCAGUUUCAGUUUAUUCAAGGUUUGAACAGUAUUUUUGCAUCGAAAACAUCCUGCAAGGAAGAAGCAUAUAUUUUAAGACAUUUCGAACAUGAAUUUUAUGAAUUAAAAUGCACACAUCUUUCAAAUUAUUUUCACAGCAGAAUAAAUGUUCACAUUAUAUUCAGACAAUAAAAGCAUAAAACAUUUAAAAGGCUCGCAAUGUAAUUAUUGUACAGAAGCCAGCUACUUUUCUUGUAACACCUCUGGAAGCUACAUCCACAAUAUACUCUGUUAGACAUUCCAAGCAGCGAUCUUCUCCUGUCUUAAAUUGCACUUUUGAUCAGAUUAAAUCAAAGACAAAUGAA